GGAAGGAAGCGACCUUCUUGAGGCAGAAGGCAAACCCACCCGCGACGAGCCCCCAUCGCCAUCGCCGCCGCCGCCGCCGCCGCCGCCGCCCGCGAUGACGGACGUGCAGAUGCCCGACUCCGAGCCCCAGCCGGCGCCUCCCGCAGCGCCGCCGCUCUCCGCCCUCCACCAUCUGAAGGAGAUCGCCUCGGUGAUCGAGGCUGGCUCGCUCUCCAAGGAGGUCCGCCGGAUCUCCCGCGCCGUCCGCCUCACCGUCGCCCUCCGCCGCCGCCUCGCGGCCCGCGACGUCUCCGCCUUCCUCGCCUUCGCCCUCCCGCCUUCCUCCGAGGCCUACUCCCGCCUCACCUCCCUCGUCCCCAAGGAAGAUGAGACUGAGAUGGAUGUUGAUGCAGCAGCUCCGGCAACUCAGAUUUCUAUCAAGCAUGGCCUUCCUGAGAUUGAAAUAUAUUGCUCUUUGCUUGUCCUGAUUUUUCUUAUUGACCAGAAGAAAUAUGAUGAUGCUAAAGCAUGUGCAAAUGCAAGCAUUGCUCGUCUGAAGAACUUGAACAGGAGAACUGUUGAUGUUUUGGCAUCUAGACUCUACUUCUAUUACUCAUAUGUGCAUGAACUCACCAACAGCCUUGCUGAAAUCCGUGGGAAUCUGCUUGCGCUACACAGAAUGGCAACUUUACACCGUGAUGAGCUUGGUCAGGAAACUUUGCUCAAUCUGCUACUUCGGAAUUACCUCCACUAUAAUUUAUACGAUCAAGCGGAAAAACUUAGGUCAAAAGCACCUCGAUUUGAAGCCCACUCCAAUCAGCAAUUCUGUCGAUACCUGUUCUACUUGGGUAAAAUCAGGACAAUUCAGUUGGAAUACACUGAUGCUAAGGAAAGCCUCCUGCAAGCUGCUCGGAAGGCGCCCAUUUCAGCUCGUGGCUUUCGGAUUCAGUGCAACAAAUGGGCUAUUAUAGUGAGAUUACUUCUUGGAGAGAUUCCAGAGAGGACUGUAUUCAUGCAGAAGGGGAUGAAGGAAGCGCUGACACCAUACUUUGAGCUUACAAAUGCUGUCAGGAUUGGUGAUCUUGAAUUGUUUAGGGCGGUCGCCGACAAAUUUGCAAGCACUUUCAGUGCAGACAGAACCCGCAAUUUGAUUGUGAGGUUGCGCCACAAUGUUAUUCGAACUGGACUGCGCAAUAUUAGCAUCUCAUACUCUCGGAUCUCUCUUGCUGAUAUUGCCAAGAAGCUACGGCUCGACUCUGAGAACCCUGUUGCUGAUGCGGAGAGCAUUGUAGCCAAGGCCAUAAGAGAUGGUGCAAUUGAUGCCACCAUAGAUCAUGCCAAUGGCUGGAUGGUGUCAAAAGAAACUGGCGAUGUCUACUCAACAAAUGAGCCACAGAUUGCAUUCAACUCUCGGAUUGCAUUUUGCCUUAAUAUGCAUAAUGAAGCUGUGAAAGCAAUGAGGUUUCCCCCAAACUCUCACAAGGAGAAGGAAAGUGCUGAGAAGCGCCGUGAGAGGCUCCAGCAAGAAGAGGAACUGGCAAAACAUAUGGCUGAGGAAGAUGAGGAUGAUUUUUAAAUUGGCUGGCCAUUUGUUUGGUACUAUGAGCUGCCAAAUUGCAAAAUGAGUCGGUUGAUCUGAGAGACCCUAAAUUACCCAUACCUGCCACUCACAAUGAUAUUUGGAUCAUGCAAAACCCCCCAUUUUCUUCAUCUGCCGCAGAUUUAUGUUGAUCAGAAUUUUAUGACUCCAGAUCUGUCUAGUGGAUAACUUACUUUUACCAUCUUGUAUCGUGGAUUCGAGGAUUUUUGUACCAUGCGAAAUGCGGCUUGUUCA